AUGAGAGCGUUUCUCUACUCUCAGGAUGAAAACAUGUGGAAUGUUGUUGAGAAUGGAUGGGAAUACCCAACCAAGUCCGAAGAGUCAAAGAAAGUGGAAGGGUCAUCUGCAAGAAUUCUUAAACCUAGAAAGGAAUGGACAGAAGAGGAAGUUCGUAACAUAAAUUGUGAUUUUAAGGCUAGAAAUUCACUAUUCACAGCCUUGUCCAAAAAGGAGAGAAUGAGAAUUAGUCAUUGUGACACAGCCAAAGAAGCUUGGGACUUGCUUCAAGUCACGUAUGAGGGAAACAAGAAGGUUAGAGGUCAGAAGCUUCAAAGACUUGUAUUGGAAUUUGAAAACAUGACCAUGGAGGAAGAUGAAUUGGUUGAUGACUUUCAUGCUCGACUUCUCAAUGUUACAAGCCAAUGCCGCAGCCUUGAUGAUCCAUUUGAGGAGCACCGAAUUGUCAAGAAGUUUCUCAGGGCUCUUCCUUCAAAAUUCCAAGCCAAGCAGAUUGCCAUCGAGGAAGCUCAAGACCUUGACACAUACACUUUGGAUGAACUGGUAGGAAAUCUCAAAACUUUUGAGAUGCGACUCAAACCUGAAAAGAAGGUAAAAAGUGUUGCAUUUUCUUCUAUCAAAAAGAAAGAAGUUAUUGAUGAUUCUGUUGAUUUAGCCUUGCUAACUAAAGAAUUUAAGAAUUUUUUGAAAAACAAAAAUUCUUCAGGGACUUCGAAAAAACUUUCUAAUUCAAAGAGGGAUCAAAUGUCUGAAAAUCGUUUUGACAAAAAUCCAAAGUACAAUUUGCGUGGUAACAAGGCAUUAAAGUCUACUUGGAGUGACAGUGAUGAUAACACUCAAUCCGAUGGUGAAGAGGUAAAUCUUGCUCUUACUUCCUCCUUUAAUUCUGAAUUGUCUGAUGUUUCUGAUUUAGAAGAUGACUUUUUUGAUGAAGAAACAAAUGAAAAAUGCAAGCAAUUGUACAAUGCCUCAAGAAUUGUUCUUAAGAAAAAUAAUAAACUCAAAGAGGAAAUUGAAUUCUUAAGGAACGAACGAACUGACCUUGUUGAUAAGAUUAAAGUUUUGCAGGGAAAGUCCAAGUCUCAAGACUGGAACAAGGAGCAUGAGGAGCUUAUUAACAAAAUCAAGGUUUUGCAGGAAGAAUUAUUGAGGGUCAAGGAGAGCUUUAACAAAUUCUCUAUAGGGUCUGAAAAAGUCUCUAAGAUGAUGGGAAUUGGCAAAGCCUAUGGUAAUAAGGAAGGAUUAGGAUAUAAUGGUGAGUCAUGCAAACCUUUGAUUUUUGUAAAAAGUGUGGAAGGUGAGAGCUCAUCAAGCAAUUCACAAAGCUCUAGUGACAAACCAUCUGGCUCCAAGUUGGCUGAAAGAACAGAACCUCAUAAAGUCAUUCAUUCACAUCAGAAAAAUCUUUCGGUAAGUUCUGACAAGCGCACCUCUGUGCGUCAGCCUAGUUCCAGCAAUGAGUUUGAACAUGUGGAAGCCACUUGUCUUGUGGCUUUGACUGCACUUGCAGAUAAGAAAGGUGAUGUUUGGUACAUUGAUAGCGAUUGCUCAAGACACAUGACCGGUGAAAAGAGUUGGUUUGUGUCCUUUUCCAGUGAGUUUACAAGUGGAUUAGUCACUUUUGGAGAUGGAAAAAAGGCAACGGUAAUGGGUAAGGGAACGACAUGUUUGAAAGCCAAGACAUCAAAUGAUGUUCUUGAACUCUGGCAUAGGCGUCUGGGGCAUGUAAAUUUUCAAGACUUGCUGAAACUUUCACACAAGGAAAGUGUAAGAGGUAUGCCUUCUCUGAGUGGUAAGCCAGACAAGAUGUGUGACGGUUUCAAGGCAGUUGAUAACUUCUCACGUUUUACUUGGGUAAAUUUCCUUGGAGAGAAGAGUGAUACAUUUGAAAGCUUUAAGGGAUUGUGCAAAAGAAUAACAAAUGAAAAACAUUCCUCAAACUUAUGCAUUGUUAGAGUUAGGACUGAUAAUGGAACUGAAUUUAAAAAUGCUUUGUUUGCUGAUUUUUUCCUUGAGCAUGGAAUUUCACAUGAGUUUUCAGCUCCAAUUACCCCACAACAGAAUGGUGUAGUUGAGAGAAAGAACAGGGUAUUGCUAGACAUGGGAAGAGUGAUGCUACACUCAGCUGGACUUACUCCAAACCUUUGGGCCGAAGCAAUUAGCACCGCUUGCUAUACUGCAAAUCGUGCAUUUUUGAGACCAGAUACUACCAAAACUCCAUAUGAGCUAUGGAAAGGUAAGAAACCCAAUGUAAGUCAUCUUCGUGUCUUUGGCUCUCCUUGCUAUAUUUAUAGAGAUAGAGAAUAUCUAGGUGAAUUUGAUGCUAGGAGCGAUAAAAGCAUAUUUCUUGGUUAUUCUUUGGAUAGUAGAGCUUACAGGGUGUACAACAAGCAAAUCUGGUCUGUAAUGGAAUCCUAUAAUGUAUCUAUUGAUGAUUGUGCUGUGAGUACUGUUCAGGUUAAUCUAGAUGAGGAUCAACCUUCAGGAAGCCGAGUAAAUGUGGAACUGAAUGAAGAAACGGAUGAUUCAUCAAAUGAUCCUAUUUUUGAUCCUCCACCAGUUCAGAGAACAGGACAAGCUGCAUCCCAGGUUAGUAUUGAUUCUGCUCUUGUUUGUUUUCUGACUGAAAAUGAAGUGAACAUAAACAUAAUUUCCAAUUGUGGUUUUGUCUCACUUAUUGAACCCAAGAAUGUUAAAGAGGCUUUGAAUGAUGAUGAUUGGAUAAACGCCAUGCAUGAUGAAUUGAAUCAGUUUACAAGAAAUGAUGUGUGGUAUCUUGUUCCUAGGCCUAGUGAAUUCAAUGUUAUUGGUACCAAAUGGAUUUUUCGAAAUAAAAGUGAUGAGCAUGGUAAUGUUACUAGGAAUAAAGCUAGGCUUGUUGCUCAAGGGUACACAUAG